AUGCAGAAGCCGGGGCUCCUUGGCCUGCCUGCUGAGCUUCGCAAUCAAAUCUGGGAAAAUGUCGUUAUCGAGCCGGACCUCCACAACCGAAUACACCACCGCGAAUGCCCACUCAUCGAUCACAAAGCAGCCUUUGCCAGGCUUCCGAUGUGUGUAGAAGAACGAAGGCGCAGCCCUUGGGAGCCAAUAGAAGUGGAGUUGAACACGAACAAAUGUCGCAAGCUGUGUCGCGCUCGUCAAGGCCUUGGCCUUCUACGCGUCAACAAGCAAGUUGCCAGCGAAGCGACACCGAUUUUCUGGCAGAACGCUUCCUUCUAUUUCGCAGACUUUACCGAAUUGAGUUUCACCUUGAAACAUCGUAUACCUGCAAUCCACCUUUCUUUAAUCACAGGCAUCGUCGUGCACGACCCGGACCAGGGGGGCCCGAAUCAUUGGAAGUCAUUGCUCCCACUUCUCCAAUAUUCAAGCUACACCGCAAAGCGUGAGCUCGCCACUGCCUUCCACUGUCUGCCGAACCUACAGCGUAUACAGAUCUGUCCAAGCAAUCUUCUGAAAGUGGAGUCUCGCAAUCCAAGGUUUUGGACGGAUCCGGACGAAGCGGAAAUCGCAGAUGUCUUGAUGCGCGUAGGAUCAUUGACAGUAUUGAUGCUGCUGGAGGUGCACCUCUUCGGUCGAUUCAGCAAAGAAAACCCCUACGCAUGCAUAAGUCGCACCUAUACCGGCGGCACCCCUCCUAAAUCUCGACGUGGUGUCAGUGAUGCCGCAUGGCGCGACCGGCUCGCGGCUCCCGUCUGUCGCGAUGCCUGGGAGAUGGCUGGUUGGGUAGAUCGAAACAGCCGCAUUCGCAAAGCGUUUCUCGAUCACCUGAGGGAAGCGGUAGAAAACGGUACUGCGCACAAAUCAGUCGAACGCUGGACUCAUCUGGGCAAAAGCCAUGCUGAGCAUGUCCGGUUCCUGGGAAUCCUACCGAAGGAGCCAGAAGCCGCGUGUAUUGCACCCGUCACUAAAACCCAGAAACCAGAUGUCAUCUUGACAGAUCCAGAAGACCAUAUCCUGAACCAAAAAAUAGCAAAGCAGACCAGAAUUCAGUCGCAAGCUACGCGUUUCAACAAGGACCUGAUCGAUCACGAAGCCGUCCUCGAGCAACGCCGGAUCAAGAAUAUACUCGCUGCCAAAAGUGAAGAGAAGUCGCGCAAGAAAGCCGUCAGGAAAUCUACGCGGGAGCAAGAUGCUGAAAAGAAAGCUUGCAGAAAGAGAUCUGGUCGACGGUCGUGA